UGGCGGUCGAUAACAGUUCACGGUAUAUUCUGACAGCUGGAGAGUCCUCAAUUUACAUGGUGGAUGUGGAGAACAAUUGUAGCACAACAGAGUUUAAGGGUCACCCUGAUAUAACCCAGCUGUCAUUUCAUCCUUUGGAAUCGCGACUUUUUGCAAUGGGCCGACGGGGUGGGGAAAUAGAACUGCACGACCACGGAGAAUGGUCCGUUCUCCGUACCGACCAAGCCAGACGGAAGGCAGCGGCACAGAAAUGUACUUCUUUGGAGUUCUGCAGCAAUGAACAAGAGUCACUUCUGAUCGCAGGUAACGAUGUGGGACAAGUACAGGUGUGGGAUUACAAGAAGAGAGAAUGGGUUUUCACGUUCGAAGUCGAUCAAAGAUGGGUUAAAGUAAUAGCCCGGUUCCAUCCGCUGCAGCCGUAUAUAAUGUGUGCAUCAGACGACGGAACCAUCAAAGUUUACAGCAAGUCAGACUACAAGCUAGAGUGCGGUCAUCCCAUCGGCGUGAGAAGGCUGCACAGCAUGGCUCCCUAUAAAGACUCCAAUCGGUUCGUCAUUGGAGGGAAAGGAACAUUCCUUAUCAUCGAGGCGUAUGAACCUGAUCCACAUCCUGCGAAGAAAGUAAAGAUCGAAAGACCAUCAGAGCAAGGCACUGAAGACACUGCAGUAGUGCACAAGCGAAAAUGGGGCACGUCGGUCAAAAAGAUACGGUCACUUGCGGCAGGCAUAAUUGAUCUGACACUAGCGAGGGCGGCACCCUCAGGGCCAAAGCAUGAAAAGACUCAAGUGCGAAUGGAUGGCGAAGGGAUCCAACCAGUUGAGAUCGAUGGGUUCAGCUUGAGAGAAACAGCAAAGGUGCUGGGUGAGGCAUCUGAGCAUUCUGAUUCAGAAUACGACGAAAACCAUAGCGAAGCUGAUGAAAGCGAUGGAUUGGAAGCGAUCCCGAUCCCAAUGCUGGCACGGAGGUUUGUGCGCUCUCAGUCAAACUGCAGAGAAGACCAGAUCAUGGAUGGAGAGAGGGUCAGCAAGCUGACUCACACUGGGAAGGCAUUGAAAAAGGGAUGUGAUCAGUCCCAAUCACAGCAUGGAAGCCAGGAACAAAUCCAAGCAGAGAGGAUAGAGAAGCUUGAGAGAGAGGUUAGCGAUCUGGUGGAGAAGGAGCAGGCACUGAAAGCGAGAUGUGAACAAUGUGAGUCAGAGAAGAAAAGAAACGACCAAAUGCAUGCAGAGACAACAAAGCAACUCCUGGCUACUGGUAGGGGAAGUAAGGUACGUCAGAUGACGGUGGAGAACAUGACAUUGAAUGAAGCGUUGGAAAAAUCGAAGGCCGAGAUUCAGCAGCUAAAUGCCAGGCUAAACAAUCUAAUGGAGGAGAAGAGGGCAUUGGAAGAGAGGUACAAGGAAUCAAAAGUGGAUGUUCAAGAUUUGGAAUGCAGAUUUGAAAGGUAUCGCAGUGCGCGGGAUACGUCAGAGAAGUCUCUUGGUCUGCGAGCUGCUCCGAACCAAAAAGAUCAUGUGGAUCAAUUCUGGGAGUUCGCCGCUGAGGAACUGCAGGCUGCAACCAACAGCUUUGAUGAUAGCUGUAAGCUUGAGGAACGACGUCAUGGAGUUUUUUAUGUGGGGAAGAUCGCAGCUGUUAUGAUAAAGCAGCUCAAGGUUGGUAAUAAGAUGUCAUGCAAUCAGGAUGCCAAGUUGACGAGGGAGAUGAUGAAUCGGUUGACGUCCCUUCGUCACCCACACUUGCAGACAUUUCUGGGUGUGUGCUACGCGAACAACUGUUUGGUGUACGAGCACAUGGCCAAUGGAAGCGUCAAAGACAGCAUCAUCUCCUGUGCAAAGGGGGGGUCGACAAGGAAAUCCCUGUCGUGGGAUGUGCGUCUGCGAGUGAUUGCGCAGGUCGCGCAUGCCUUGUUCUUUCUCCACUCCAAUCAGUCGGUGGCCGGUGGUCCGAUCAUCCACCGUGGCAUCAACCCAGAGAACAUCCUUCUGGACGCCAACUUUGUCGCUAAAAUUGGUGAGGUUGACGCGGCCUUGCUUGCACCAGAGCGAGCUCCAAAAAUGUGUAUGUCUGCAGGAACUACCGGUCUGCAAUACCUGGCACCAGAAUUUUGCCAGAGUAAUGGUACCUUGUCUGACCAGAAAACUGACAUUUAUUCGUUUGGCGUCACCGUUCUCGAGAUCCUUUCCGGAAACUUCACUGACGCAGUGAGAACCAUAGAAAAUGCCCUGGAAGAUGCUUCAACUUUUCCAAGUGCGCUCGACACAAAGGCAGGAGAUUGGGACGUUGAUCUGGCGCUGCAGGUGGCACAGUUGGGGCUGCGCUGUUCAAGUCUGGAUGGACGCAAUCGCCCAAGCAUGAUGAAAGGAGAAGGCGCUAUUCUACCCCUACUGGAGGACAUCGCCAGUAAAGUCGAAGUCAGUGACCCGUUGGAGGCCGCUUAGGAACAGCUUAAUCGGGGAAUUGGAGCGGAACCACAAGGGAAGCGGGCCCACUCAAGCAGGUGAUGGAGAUGGUGAGCAGAGUGGGAUGGACAUCACUCAGGCAAGAGCAGAUGGGUGAGAGGGUUGCUGGGGGUAGGUGGGUGAAAGGUGGGGGGGAGAAGGGGUCAAGCUCCCAGGAUGGGGAGAAGGGGUAAAGCUCCCGGGAUGCGGAGAGAAGGGGAGAUGGGACCAUUGGCAUGUAAAUGUGUGUGGAAGCUCUGCGCUAUUCUUCCUUCAUUUUAAGGAUGCAGACACUUUCUUGAUGCAUUCUUCUCAGCCUGAGCUGAUGGUGUCUUUUAUUCGCCUGGUUACCACCGCCAGAAAAUCGAAAAAACAAACAACAACAAAAGCU